ACCAACAUGGCGAAGAAACAACGUGGGAAAACAACUUCACAGUCAAAGACGGCGAAUAACGAAAAACAGGAAGAAAAUUUCACUUUAAUGCUCGAUUCCAGUGACGAUGAAGCGCCCGAAGAGGUGACAUUUGAAGACUCGAAGGCUCAGGCUCUACGGAGCAUGAAACGGGCGCUGGAUACAGCCAGGAGGGAAAAAGAGCUGCUGAAGGAGAAGAGGAGGAAAAGGCAGGAGCUGUUCCAGGAACAGAAG